AGUUCACAUAUUAACCGUGGAGAGAGGAGAACGUCAUACCGGCCCUCUUUCUGACCGAGGCAGUUCGCGUCAUCUCGAGCGGUAAGGAAAGAGCACGAACGAAGCGUACGCGGUUUCCCCUUGGACCUGUCAAACUAAAGAAAGAGAGUCAACAGUGUUGGGACCGACAGAUACACAACACUCUUCGCCUAUGGGUGGUUGCGCACGCGACAAUUCGUCUCGAAAGUGCGCUUUCCGGAGUGAGCACUUUUUGCGCAACAGCCCCCUAUGGGGGGAGAGAGGGCGGACUCGUAAAUUUGUCGGAACAUAAAGGACCGGGAUUAAGAGAACUUUUCGGCUGCUGCCUAUGACCCUUUAGCGCCUUAUUCAUUCUUCGCUCCACGUAACGCACUCGAAUGCCGUUUUUUUUCAGAUCCGAGAGAAUAAUGACAUGCUCGUCAAGAAACUUUAGGCUUUUUUUUUGAUCCUGUAGUAAAAAAGUAUUUGUCAUUACCAUCCUCAUACGCAUACUAUGAGCUACGGCCACUGUAGUUAAACAGGCCUCCUUUCUGUUUGAGUGAGUUGACGAGGGCACCUCCUACCGGUUCUAGUAGACCAUUCACGUUUUCUCACUCGAUGGACGAGGACCUUAACGACCUUUAUGGCGACAUUACGGUCAAGUCAGAGAGUCAGGUUACAAAUGAAGACGCGGAAUACCUGCAGACGCUAGCACAGGCAAAAGUGAACAUGCCGUUUAAAUCGUACGACGCAAAUACCAACGCGACGGCUGCGGGGACGUCCAAUGUCCUUAUGAGUAAACCAAGCUCUUUGGCACAACCGAGUUACGAGCUAAGUCAGUCGCUGGCGGCAGACCUCUCAGGGAGACCUAGGUCGAUAGCUGGAUACCUCCUACAAGGCCCACCCCCCAUGUUCAAAAAUAACAGCAACGUGUUUAUUCAUGUGUCGGAAUUUGGUGUUCUGGGCAACCGACCGGAGCAUCGAGAACAUCUUCUCUCUGUACGGAAGGGUGAGGCAGGUGUUGUUUUUGGAAGACAAGACGAACGGCAAGUCGGUCGGAGAGGCGCUGCUGCAGUUCGAAGAAGACGAAAGCGCCUACACAGCGGUGGAGAAGCUGAACGGAGCCAUUCUAGAAGGACAACGCAUAUCGGUCUGCAUAGCGACGCCUGAGCAACAAAGCGCAUUCGUGACACAUAAUAAAGGUAAAAAAAGAACGCCAACAAAGCGGUCAAAAUUUAAAUCGACGCAAUUCUCAAAAUGUCAAUUCUGGCCGCGGUAACUGGCACGCUGGUAGAGGCGGUCGGGGGCGGAUGAAUGAAAGCGCGGUUAACAGCAAUGUCAACAACCAAGGCGGAGGAUCGCAUCACGAGGCGCCGCUUCCCUAUUCUACUUCUUCGGAUGAGCAACAUCGAGAAAACGCGCCUCUUUCUUCAGGGUCUCCUUCGUCUCAUCACUUCCACGAGUCGCCGGGUGCCCAUCAAGUAGGGGCCCACGGCGAGACUCGCGGCAACCGAUACGCGCACGGCGCGGGAGACGGGCGCGAUAAAAGAGGUCACGACGAAAAAGAUCGGAAUAGUGGAGAAACGAAUAGGAAAAUGCUGCACUCCGAGAAUCGCGGAAGAGGCGAGUUGCAUGGCUCCGGAGGCGGCAGUUUCCGUGGAGAAGUAGCUCAGAGUCAUGCUGAAGAGCGGGGGAAGUAUCGCGGCGACCAUACGGGCAACGGCGAUAGCCGAAGAGAUCAUGCGAAGAGAGACUGCAUACACGAAUACGACGACCGAGAGCGCGAUCGGCACCAUGGCGGACGUAGAAGCGAGCGGGAAAGAGGAGGACACGAAAAGGACAUUUGGGACCGAGAAAGAGAUCGUAAUCACCGCGAUAGAGCUAGAGAAGAUAAGGAAAGAAACGAAAGAAUGCAUCAUAAAGGGGGUACUGGAAAGAAGAGAUCAAGAGAGGGAAAAAGGGAUGAAGGCAAUCGAUCGACUCGUGCGAAGAAUCAGGUUUAGAGUUUUGUGCGAACGUCUCUAAAUGGACGCUUUUUGAGUCAGCGAACUUAGAUUAUACAUAUAUAUAUAUACAUAUACAUAUGUCGUCGUUGCAAACUGGCGCAUGUCAUACUGAUUCCUCGCUUCCUGAAGAGAUAGAUGCUUUUACCAGCACCCCUAAAUCGCAGUCACAGACAAAUCUAUCUUCCAGUUAUUAGUUCGAGUACGAAUGAGUCAGUUCUUCUACGAACGGAUCUGGCAUGUUGACUUUGCCGACUCGACUGACCUUUGCGGAACUGCUGUCCUCUACAAUAAAACCAUUCUUGUGCCAUCCAGCGCAGCUUUUCUAACCCCCGAACAGUAGCGUCAAUCCUUCCCUUCCACUCGGCUUCUUGGUGGACUCCUAGACCCACAUUUCUCAACGGCGCUGAGCAAAAACGCGCCGACCACCUUUCGGUAAGGAGAUACCGCCUUGCUAAAAUGUCACAAGUUCUUUGAUACCGCGAAGCAAUUUAAGAAUAAAGCCUCAGCGCUCGUAUCUGCGGUCGGGGUUCUGGAUCUGCUGUAUGCAGUACCAGGA